AUGGUUAUGAACGCGGCUCAGGUCAUCAUGGCGGGUGAUGAAGCGUCGUCCCAAAGGCUAACUAGACGAGCAAAAUUAAACCGAGACCAAGAAGCUCUUCGCCGGUGUGAAGAUGAAACGAAGAGAGGAAACGAAGUGGGUUCUACCAAACAAUCGUAUCCGGGUUAUGGGGUAUACGGGGAUGAAGGUGGAUACGGAAGUUACAGUGGAUACGGUGGUGAUGGUGGAUACGGGGGUGAAGGUGGUUACAGUGGAUAUGGGGGCUACGGUGGAUACGAUAGAUAUGGGGGUGACGGUGGUUACAGUGGAUACGGGGGCUACGGUGGAUACAGUGUAUACGACAGAUCUGGAGAUGAAGUUGGAUACGGUGGAUACGAAGAACAUGGUGGAUAUGGUUAUGAGCCCCGUAACACAUCACUUUAUGAACCAUCUACCCCGGGCAAUCCAUUUCAAGUAAAUGAGCGUUUCAUGUCUCUAACUGAUUUGAAGAAUUUGGUACAAGAAACGGGAAAGGAGUAUGGUUACGUAAGUGUUACCCGCCGAUCAAAAAAUAUUGGCGGUACUACUGGGAUGGUAUGGCUUGUGUGCGACCGUAGUGGUGAACACCGUAGUAAAGCAACAGUUAGGAAAGCUGGUAGCAAAAAAAUCGGCUGCCCAUUUUCAUUACUCGCCAUCCGGGACGUGACGAACGACACGUGGGAGUUAAAAGUGGACUGUGCGAACCAUAACCACGAACCUACGACGAGUCUGUUGGGCCACGCUUUUGUGCGAAGAUUUACUAAAGCCGAAUACAAGCUAGUGGAGCAGCUAACUGCUCAAAACAUGGAGCCACGUAUCAUAUUUCAAACCCUAAGAAAGCAGUUCCCCGACAGCCUGCACGUUCAGAAAGACGUGCAAAAUGCGGUACAAAAAAUUAGAGCGACAAUAAUGGACGGAAAGAAUACUAUUCAGGCACUGGAAAGCCUGCUGCAUGACCGCCGAUUCAUUUACGACACCCGACAAGAUCCCAAAACAGAUGUCAUAACAGAGAUUUUCUUUGUUCAUCCUUAUUCAAUCACUAUCUGGCGUGCAUUCCCGCACGUGAUGUUGAUCGACGCGACCUACAAAACAAACCUCUACAACAUGCCAUUUGUCCAGGUUGUGGGUAUGACGUCGACUGGGAAGUCUUUUUGUAUCGCACAUGCCGUUAUUUGUAAAGAACGAAGGGGUAACUACGUGUGGGUGCUUGAGCGGAUCAAGUCAAUAUUGCAUGAAUGUAUGAUGCCGCGUGUGAUAGUCACGGAUAGAGAGCUUGCCCUAAUAAAUGCGUGUUCUAAAGUAUUCCCGAACGCAACCAGGCUUCUAUGCCAAUUUCACAUCCAACAAAAUAUAGCUAGAAAGUGCAAGACAGGGUUCGAUAAAGAAGAUUGGGGGAAAUUUAUGUCGUACUGGCGGACAUUGUGCGAAUCUUCAUCAGAGCCCAUGUACAAGUACAACUUGGAGAAAAUGUAUAACCGACUCGUGGUUGCCAACCGAGAAAGUGUCUAUGAUUACGUCUACGAAAACUGGCUCAAAGACUAUAAAGAAAUGUUCGUUUAUGCGUGGACCGAUAAGUGUCGCAACUUUGGUCAGCGCACCACCAACAGAGUUGAGAGCCAGCACGCAAAUUUAAAAAGAUACAUUACGCGCGGGAGUUCAUUGGAGCGAAUAGCAAGAUGCAUCAUUGAUAUAGUUGAAACUCAGUACGAUGAAAUACAAAAAAGUUUCAUUGAGAGCAUCGAAAAAACGAUGAACCACCACAGACACCGAAUGUUGGACAACCUACGUGGAAAGGUUUCCCAUGAAGCACUUAAUUUGCUGGAAAAAGAGCUAUUGAGGAAGAUGGAUGUGUUGCGGAAACUUAACGCAUCAUGUGGUUGCCAUAUGUGGCUUAGCAAAGGAUUGCCGUGUGCUUGUAGGCUGGAAAACUACAAACGUACAGACGAGGAGGUCGAUAUUGUAGCAGAGCUCAAUAAUGUGCGGCAACAUUUAGAGGCGCAGUCCCCCGUUCAGCAAAAGAGUAUGCUUUCAAAGAUAAAAGCGGUCUUCACCCCGAAAUCGUCAACCAAGAAACCACCGAUCGUCCAGCAAAAUACUCGCGGUCAGCCUACAUCAAAGAAAGUACAAGAAAGGCUAGAUGAAGCUGCGAGGUUAGACGAAGCUGCGAGAUACAGCUCCUAUGGCGAGGACAGCAACGUAUAUACCGCUUCCCCCAAACAUAGGUACGAUUUACCCCGACACAGCUCAUACGUACCGUUAGAGGGCUCUCGUGGAACUGGUUCAUUUGUGAAGUCUGAAAAACCUAAAAUGCAACGAAACAGUUCAACAAGUUCUAAAAAGAAUGAGACGCGGGAUGAUAAGGUUUUUCCAUUAAUAAAGGGGGACGAGCACUUGUUAUGCAUUAAGAGGUUUAAGAAUCAAAUUCCAUCAGAGUUUCACUCUUACAUAUCGCGUAUACAAGAUGUGACCCCAAACGGUCAUUGUGGGUACAGGUCUGUGGCUGCCGGGUUAGGUUUUACGGAACACGCAUGGCCCAAUAUUCGAAGAGAUUUACUAUUGGAGAUUGACCAUAACAAACCGCGUUGGAAGCAUGUAUUCGAAACAUAUAACGAAGGAGACUUUAAACGAAUACGUAAAAGCAUCGAAUGGCAUUCAGUGAAAGGGUGCGAUGAAAGUCACUGGAUGGAAAUGCCUCAGGUAGGGCUUCUCGUAGCGCAAAGGUAUAAUAUUGUCCUCCACGUGCUAAGCAUUGAAUGGAGCUCUACCAUCUUCCCAUUAACGGAUGCCCCACUAGAUCCACGACCUCAAGCGAUAACGCUUGUACAUGUUCACGGGGGACACUUCAUACAUGCUAAGUUGGAAGGAGACUACCCCAUGCCUUUAGUGAACCCGUUGUGGUCGGCACAUCGAUCAAUAGCUGCGAAACGGUGGGAAGAAAUGUAUAGACCGCGGUUAGAGCACUACUACGAGUUAAUGCAUCCUAAAUCAGACCGAGACAAAGACAGAGAACCGAGUUUAAAUGUUAUCGAAGAUUAA